AUGCUCUUCAAUACCUUGUUGGUAAUCGUCCUCUCCGUGUCAGGUGUUCUGAGCCAGGAGGGAUGGGGAGUGACUUACUCCUCUCAGAGAAUCUGUGCCUUAAAGGGGUCUUCAGUAAACAUGAGCUGCACUUACUCAUGUCCCACAUCUGACACAGUGCGGAAAACAUUCUGGGUUAUUCCCCAGAACAGUCUACAGGACCUGUCCCAGGCCCCAGAGUACUCUCAGCGUGUGGAGUACCUGGGGAAACAGAACAGUGACUGCGCUUUCAGAAUAAACCAACUGAGAAUAACUGAUUCAGGAACAUACGGAUUCAGGUUCCUGACCGCCAGUAAUAAUUUUACUGGAAAACCUGGUGUCACAUUGGAAGUCACUGAUCUACAGGUGAUGGUGAAUCCUGACACAGAGACAGUGGUACAGAGUGUGACACUGACCUGUAGAACCACCUGCACUCUGACUGGCAGCCCAGCCUUCAUCUGGUACAGGGACGGAUCUCCUCUGUCCUUCACUGAUCAGAGUCACCAGUUCAGAGCCAGCAGUGAAGAUGCAAGCAAAUACUCCUGUGCUGUAAAAGGCUAUGAGCUUCAGUCCCCUGCAGUGGCUCUUAAUGUGAGAUAUCCUCCUAAGAACACCUCAGUAUCAGUGAGCCCCUCUGGUGAAAUAGUGGAGGGCAGUUCAGUGACUCUGACCUGCAGCAGUGAUGCCAGCCCACCACUGCAGAGAUACACCUGGUAUAAGAAUAAUAGAGCUGAAUCCUCAUUGGGAGGAUCAAAAUGGAGUUAUACCAUUAAUAACAUCCAAUCCUGGGAUGCUGGAGAAUACUACUGUGAGGCAGAGAAUGUGAUUGGGACAGACACAUCUCCUCAUAUAAAUCUCAAAGUGCUGUAUCCUCCGAAGAGCGUCUCAGUAUCAGUGCCCCCCUCUGGUGAAAUAGUGGAGGGCAGUUCAGUGACUCUGACCUGCAGCAGUGAUGCCAACCCACCAGUGCAGAGAUACACCUGGUAUAAGAAGACUGGAUCUGCAUUCUCGAGGAGAGGAUCAGAACAGAGUUACACCAUUAAUGAAAUCAAAUCUUGGGAUGCUGGAGAAUACUACUGUGAGGCAGUGAAUGUGAUUGGGACAGGAAGAUCUCCUCCUAUACGUGUUUAUGUGCAAUAUUCUCCUAAGAGCGUCUCAGUAUCAGUGAGUCCCUCUGGUGAAAUAGUGGAGGGCAGUUCAGUGACUCUGACCUGCAAGAGUGAUGCCAACCCACCAGUGCACAAAUAUACCUGGUAUAAGAAGACUGGAUUUCAAUUCUCGAGGAGAGGAUCAGAACAGAGUUACACCAUUAAUAAAAUCAAAUCUGGGGAUGCUGGAGAAUACUACUGUGAGGCACAGAAUAAGAUUGGGAUAAAUGAAUGUCCUCCUAAACGUCUUGAUGUGCAGUAUUCUCCUAAGAGCGUCUCAGUAUCAGUGAGUCCCUCUGGUGAAAUAGUGGAGGGCAGUUCAGUGACUCUGACCUGCAGCAGUGAUGCCAACCCACCAGUGCACAAAUAUACCUGGUAUAAGAAGACUGGAUUUACAUUCUCGAGGAGAGGAUCAGAACGGAGUUACACCAUUAAUAAAAUCAAAUCUGGGGAUGCUGGAGAAUACUACUGUGAGGCACAGAAUAGGAUUGGGAUAAAAGAAUCUCCUCCUAAACGUCUUGAUGUGCAGUAUCCUCCGAAGAGCGUCUCAGUAUCAGUGAGUCCCUCUGGUGAAAUAGUGGAGGGCAGUUCAGUGACUCUGACCUGCAAGAGUGAUGCCAACCCACCAGUGCACAUAUAUACCUGGUAUAAGAAGACUGGAUUUCCAUUCUCGAGGAGAGGAUCAGAACAGAGUUACACCAUUAAUAAAAUCAAAUCUGGGGAUGCUGGAGAAUACUACUGUGAGGCACAGAAUAAGAUUGGGAUAAAAGAAUCUCCUCCUAAACGUCUUGAUGUGCAGUAUCCUCCGAAGAGCGUCUCAGUAUCAGUGAGCCCCUCUGGUGAAAUAGAGGAGGGCAGUUCAGUGACUCUCACCUGCAGCAGCGAUGCCAACCCACCAGUGAAGAGAUACACCUGGUAUCAGAAUAAUAGAACUGUCUCCUCAGAGACAGGAGGACCAGUGGACAGUUACACCAUUAAAAACAUCACACUGCAGGAUGCAGGAGAAUACUACUGUGAGGCAGGGAAUGGGAUUGGGACAAACAGAUCUCCUCCUAAACGUCUUGAUGUGCAGUCUGCUCUACAGGUCACAGUGCAAGGAGGUCAGUCACUGAUCGCGGCUGCAGCUGUGGGAGUGGCUGCCAUUUUGGCUCUUGUGUUUCUGGGUGUUGUGUGCGUGAGGAGGAGAAAAUCAACGAAUGAGACAGAAAGGGGCAGGCAGGGGAAUAAAAGCCCCAUUUUUGGCAACGUCUCAGGGAUGGCAAUGAGUCACACUGGAACACAGGGUCACCAGCCCCAUCCGUAAAGGAAGACUGUGUUCUCUACAGCACACUUCGAAAACUGGACAUGUGAAAAUAAACCAGGAAGAUAUCUUGCUUCAUAAACUGUGGACCAAUGCUGGUUAUUCAGUGUAAAUUUGGACAUUUUUUUGAAUGUGUGAGCAUUUUCUGAGUUUUUUCUUGAACUUUAAACAGCAGAUUGUCUGCAAAGUAAUCCUCAAGCGGUAUGAACCAAACAUUUCCUUCACUGGAUGAUACAUUUAAGAGUAUUUAUUAAAACCAGUGAACAUAAACUCUCCUCAUGAACUCAGGUCACAUGACUGUGCCUUUGUCACAUGACCAGGAUGACUGUGGUUAUUGGGUCUGCAAAGAUGUACUCAGAAUGGAUCAUUCCUUUGGCAUUCUAUCAACAUUUACAUGCAUAACAGCUCAUGUCUUCAUAUUGUACACAAAGUAUUAUCAAGAAGUUGGUGCCUGAAAGCCAUUAUCAUUGCUGAAUGUAUUCGUUGGCCAAGUAUACUGGAGAAUUGAGCUCUAUAUAUAAUUCAAUUUUUUUAUUUUUUUUAUUAAUACUUGUAUAACAUUUACUUUACUAUGACAUUCUUGUGCACAUUUUGUGAUUAUAUUAUGCUUAUUACUGAACUGAUCCCAUCUAGAGUAUAAAUUCACAUGAGGUGAAUUUGUUUUUCACAUUCUUAGUGUUUAUUUUUUUACUACCAAACGUUAGAAUUCAGAGCAUACCUUGAAUUUUUUAAACAAUCAUUCAAUGAAACAAACAAAAUUAACCUAUGCUUGAAGAA